AUGGUCGAAAUGAAGGAGACUGCCCAGAUACAGAGUUUCAAUGGGAGCUCUGUGGUCACACACUUCAUCCUGGUGGGCUUCUCCAGCCUGAAGGAGCUCCAGCUGCUGCUCUUUGCCCUCUUCCUGCUCCUGUACUUGACAAUCCUGGUGGCCAAUGCAACCAUAAUGGUAGUCAUCCGCCUCAGCCGCACUCUGCACACACCCAUGUAUGGGUUCCUCUUCAUUCUUUCCUUUUCCGAGUCCUGCUACACCUUUGUCAUCAUUCCUCAGCUGCUAGUGCAUCUGCUAUCAGCAACCAAGACGAUCUCCUUCACUGCCUGUGCUACACAGCUCUUCUUCUUCCUGGGCUUUGCCUGUACCAACUGCUUCCUUAUUGCUGUGAUGGGCUAUGAUCGCUAUGUGGCAAUUUGCCACCCACUGCGCUACACACUCAUCAUGAAUAAGUCUUUGGGCUUGGGGUUGGUUUCUCUGUCAGCAGUCACAGGCUUCUUCAUUGCUUUGGUGGCCACCAACCUCAUUUGUGAGAUGCCUUUCUGUGGCCCCAAUAAGGUCAACCACUAUUUCUGUGAUAUGGCGCCUAUCAUUAAGCUGGCUUGCACAGACACCCAUGUGAAGGAGCUGGCUCUCUUCAGCCUCAGCAUCCUGGUCAUCAUGGUGCCCUUUGUGCUGAUCAUCAUCUCCUAUGGUUUCAUCGUGAAUACCAUUCUGAAGAUCCCCUCAGCUGAGGGCAAAAGGAAGGCCUUUGCCACCUGCGCCUCCCACCUCACAGUUGUCUUUGUCCACUAUGGCUGUGCCUCCAUUGUCUACCUUCGGCCCAAAUCCAAAUCAGCUUCAGAUAAGGAUCAGUUGGUGGCAGUGACCUACACUGUGGUCACUCCCCUUCUUAAUCCUCUUGUCUACAGUCUGAGGAACCAGGAGGUGAAGACAGCACUGAGGAGAGUUCUGGGAAUGCCUGUGGCCACCAAGGUCACAGAAAAGAAAUGA